UUUGAGGACAAAGAACCCUCACUUAACGACAAUGAUAUCAGUCGGGGGAUGGUAUGAGGGGUCGGAGAAGUACUCGGAUAUGGCUAAGGAUGCAAACAGAGCCCGAUUCGUGAAAAGUGUAUUGGAUUUCCUCCAAAAGUAUGACUUCGAUGGCCUGGAUCUCGAUUGGGAGUACCCGGCUAACAGAGGUGGUGAUGAGGUCGCAGAUAAAGGAAAUUUCCUAAAACUGUUGGCUGACUUGAGGACCGCAUUCGACCCGCACGGGUAUCUCCUGACGGCUGCCCUCUCACCCGGAAAGCAAAAGAUUGAUGCGGCGUAUGGGGAUGUGCCCAAAAUGAAUGAUCUAUUAGAUUGGGGUAAUAUAAUGACAUACGACUAUCACGGGGGUUGGGAAGACAUUCUCGGACACAACGCCCCACUCUAUGGCCGACCCGAUGAGACAGAAGGCGAUUACCGAUACUUUAAUGUCAACUAUACUGUCAAUUAUUACCUGUCGUUGGGUAUGAAGAAGGAGAAGAUGGUGAUGGGAGUGCCCUUCUAUGGCAGGGGUUGGACUCUCAUGAGUAAAGAUAAGCAUAACCUCCACGACAUUGCAAAGGGUAUGUCACCCGAGGGUUUCAUCGGUGGUGAGGCCGGAGUGUUGGGAUAUAAUGAGUUAUGUCAAUUGGAACUCAAAGAUCCCUCGCAAUGGCACAACACUUAUGACCCCGACUAUAGGGCGCCGUAUGCUUAUAACGACGAGAUAUUCAUUGGCUACGAGGACGUGGAGAGUAUUUCGUGCAAAAUCGCUUUCUUGAAAUCCAUGGGACUGUCGGGUGGUAUGGUGUGGGCCCUCGAGAACGACGACUUCAAGAAUAAGUGCGGGGGCGGGAAGAACCCCCUCAUGAAUAAAGUGCACCGUAUGUUGAAUGGCGAUGAGAUCAAGUCGCUUGAGUGUAAGUUCGCGCCCACCCCUACACCACCACCUCCAACCACACCGACAACUCAACCAACUACCCCACCAACUACACCGCCCACUACCCCUCCUACAACUAAACCCACAACUCAGGGGACUUCUCUGAGCCCAGGUGUUGACUACUGGUGCUCUCGGGAUGGCUAUAUGCCACACCCCAGUGACCCCCAUAAAUACUUUCAGUGCGAAUGGAUCCCAGGCACGGGAUGGUACCUC